UCGGCUGUUUUGAGAGCCAGCGGUGGUGAUGGUGGUGAUUUUGAAGAAAUUCUUAGUUCGUUUUGCUCCUUCCACUCAAUAAGAUAUAGGAAUCAUGGUUCGAAAAUUAUUGAUAAGUGCUUUGUUACUAGCAAUUUUUAUAAGUUUUUCACAUGCAUUGCGUGAUGGGGACUGUGAAGUUUGUGUUAAAACCGUUCAAACAUUUGCGUCCAGCUUGAGCGAAGAAACCAAGAAAGAUACCAAAAAAAUAGAGGAAGAAUUCCGGAAGUAUUGUAAAACAGCUAAGAAUAAAGAACACAGAUUUUGUUAUUACUUGGGUGGCGUUGACGAUUCUGCGACGGGAAUUCUGAAUGAACUGUCCAAACCCCUCAGCUGGUCUAUGCCAGCUGACAAAAUUUGCGAAAAGCUGAAGAAAAAGGAUGCUCAAAUUUGCGAUUUACGAUUUGAAAAACAAAUCGAUGUCAACUCUGUUGACCUCAAAAAGCUGAAAGUGAAGGAUCUUAAAAAAAUAUUAUCAGAUUGGGACGAAGCGUGCGAUGGAUGUUUAGAAAAAACUGAUUUCAUCAAGAAAAUAGAAGAACUAAAACCCAAAUACACAAGAACUGAGCUGUAGAUAUAAAUAAUAUCCUAAGGAAUCCUGGGUUGCAUUUGAUUGCGCUCCGAAAUAAAUAGUUUAAAUAAAUCAA